GGCAGGGCACGGGGCGCAGGUGCAGCGGGGCGGCACCCGACGGAUUCGCGAAGGCGACAGGUGACUUGUCCUUAUGUGAAUGGGAGCCAGAAAACCUUGAGAACUUGGAACCAAGCAGUGGUUUCUUCCUCGACGUGGACAUGGCACAAGAGAAAAUGGAACUAGACUCGGAGCUGCUGCCGAGUUCAACUACCACAGAUGACAUGCUGAGAAGAUCCAGCAGCGCCCCUUUGAUCAAUGGGCUUGGUGAUAACUCACAGGUGUUCCAAGCUGACACGUUAACAACUCCAAGAAACAACACAACGUUUAUGGCACAACAUUGUCUGUUUUUGUCACCCUCUCCUAUCCCCAUCCGUGCUUCCUAUGGUCGCCUUCAUCAAAUCAAACAGGUAAGAAGACUUUCAAAACUGAUAGCUGUUCAAUAA